AUGACGACAAGGCUGGCCGCCAAGAGGCUCGUCGUCGAGUACCUCCUCUACCUCAGGGCUGCGCAAGCCGUUGAGGACACCGACAACCUGGACGUCGCCAUCGAUUGCCUCCGGGACUGCUUCGGACUCAAGGACGUCAGGCACGGCAACGGCGACCUGGAGCAGAUCCUGAGCGGGGCGAAGGCGCCGGCGGUCUCCAGCACAAGCUCCAGCGAGCUCAAGGCGCAGGGCAACGCCGCCUUCAAGGCGGAGGACUUCCAGGAGGCGAUCCGGCUCUUCACCCAGGCGAUCGAGGUCUCGGCCGCGAACAACGAGCCCCCAGACCAGCGCGCCGUCUACUUCGCCAACCGGGCCGCCGCGCGCCUGGGCCUGAAGGCCGAGGAGGAGACCGCUCUUGCUGCUGAAUUUAACACUAGAUGGCUAGUAAGGGAAUCAACCAAUAAUGACUUCCUUGUGCUAAUGAGAACCUAUCUACAACGUUGA